CGCGCGACGUCCCUGGCCGGCGCCGUGCUCGUACGAUUUGACAUCCAACAUGGCCACCUGAUAUGUAGCAGACGAUACACACAGGUGGUAUGAAGUGCUGUAAAUAAAAUCCCACCUCUGGACUUAAUUAUGAGCGGGUGUGUGCGGACAGAGAGUGCCGAUGAUUCCGAUCGCGUCGACGAUGCAGUGGACCCGCGAGUGCAGAUUGAACUCGAGAGAUUGAACACAGCUACAGAUGAUAUUAACAAAUUAGAAGUCGAUUUAGAUGAAGCAAGAGCAACCUUUAGAGAAUUACUGUGUGAAUCUACACUCAAGAUUGACACUUUGGCCAAAAAGCUUGGAGCUUGCAUCGAAAAGUCCAGGCCAUAUUACGAUGCCAGAUUUAAAGCAAAAGAGGCAUUACAAGAAACGCAGAAAGCUGCGCUUAGAUUUGAGAGAGCCAACAGUCAGCACGCGGCGGCUAAAGAGAUGGUUUACCUAGCAGAGGAGGGCUUAAGGACCGAAGGGAGAUGCUUCGAUCAUGCUUGGCAGGAAAUGUUGAAUCACGCUACAUCCCGAGUCAACGAAUCGGAGCACGAGCGAGCUCUCUCCGAGGCGGAACACAGGCACACGACCACAAUGUAUCACAAGGCAGAACACGAGGUGCAAAGACUGCAACGUGAAUUGAAGCGCACUAUCGCUAAAUCCAGUAUGGGUGCACGUCGCAGCUUGCUUCUGAUAAACAGUAUCGCCUACAGGCACAACUUGCUCAUGUUGCCUUACUACGAGAUGAAAGCGCAUUUUAAUCAAAUGUUGGAGGAGCAGAAGAUGAAAGUCAGCGUGUUGGAGAGAUCAGUUGGCGAAGCGAAAGCUUCGUAUGCAGAAGCGUUACGAAAUUUAGAGAAAAUCAGCGACGAGAUUCACAGGACAAGAAGAUACGACGGCACGGACGAAUACGACAAACAUAUGCAAAACGCGCCGGAUCAUUCGGCCGCGCCAACCAACACGGCGACUCCGACAGAUUCUAGUGUAACUGGAUCGCCAGACAGCACGGAUUACACCAGUGACGAGUAUUUGCGACUUCCUGACAAGAUGAGUCCAAGCGUGCCGUGUCUUAUGCCUACAAGAAUCGAGAGAGAUCUAUCAUCGGAAUAUCUAGGCCUAAAUAACCUGAACCUCUCAUCCACUGAACCACGCAAAUAUAUAAAGCGAGACCGUCCACGAAGCAUCGCGGCGACCGACUCAAAACAUAUCGUACCUGUGAACCAAAACACAAGCUCUUCUACGCCGGGGCUGGCGAAUCUGUCGGGUAUUAUCUCUCCCGUGGAGAAGAGAGUCAAGAUCCAGUCGCCGGUAAAUGACAGGAAAAACAACGCCGCGACAACUCACAACGGGGAGGAGUGGACGGAAAUUAGUCUAAACAAUUCGCCAGAUGAGGUUUAUUACAAUAAUGAUGUGUUUUCCGAUGAGGAAGAUCAAAUUCCUUACAAGCCGCUACCGAUGGAUCUGAGUCCUGAGCCGGCUCAGCCGACUGCCGCAGUCACCGAGCCACCGAAGGAACAAACCGCGCGAAAGCGAUUAGUUACUCAAAAGUCUUUGCCGACAAUGUCGAAAGUAAACGAAGUUACUUUAAGCGAGGAGAAGAAGGCUGAAGUUACGAGAAGCCCGUCGGUGAAAAAUCGGGGCAAGCUCGACAGCAGUUUAGCCAACUGGAUAACCAGGAGUUCAGCCGGAGGCGAGGCUAGUGGCGGUAGUUCCACGAAUUCAAGCAGAAGACAAUCCCUUGACAUGCUGUGGAGCGGCGGUACCGGGGAGCGGGUUAAGGAACUACUCAAUCACGGGAUGAUGAUGCUAAACAUAUCCAGUCUGACGGAACGACGUUCCAACGAACCAAAAACAGCGGAGAGAGACAAGGACAAGUCUGAGAAGGCGGAAAAGUCGGAGGCUAAGGGAAAGAAGGUUCCCAGUCCGCUGGAGAAAACGAUGAGCUAUCUCAACGCCGACGAGGAGACGUCGGACAGUGAAAGUUUAGCUAGCGUGGAGAUGCUAACGGAGGAUCAGAUCUCUUCGCUGAUGAUGGAGCCAGACAUGAACCAAGUAUGCCAAGAAAUUCUUGGAACGCCCUUAGUCGAAGUGUGUCCACUGUUGCAACAGCUACAGCAGCAACAGCAAUAGCCUUAUUACUUGGAGGGACUUGCGCGAGCGAGACGCGCGGCAAAGAUUCAACAAUAGAAAGUGUUCAAGAUUAUUAUAACGUGGUAACACAAUUAAGACACAGCCUUUCUGUUAAGGUAACCUAGCACAUCGCUGCAUUACGUUUCUAUAUGUCUGUUGUUAUAACUUUAUAGAUCUUUUUAUCAUGCGAUAUAUAGGACAGGACGACAGUCAUGUUUCAAGAGAAUCGCUAGACCGAUUCUGCAAAAUAUUCUUCAUUAGUUUUACUCGGCACCUCGUAAAUUAUUCUAUUUAUUACUAAAAUAUUUCUACAUGUGUUUAGAAGUACGAUCGGUUGAGGCUUUUAGUCAAUUCAAAGGAUUUGCAUUAAAAAUGUCUCGUUAAACUCCUCAGACACUAAUAAGAAGCCUAAGAAACGUCUUUUGCCGAUACGCUUACAUCGAUCGCUUAGAUCGUCGCUUGGGAGGAGAGGGUGAUUUUCAAACUUAUUCUAUAAAAUCUUUCUAAUAUUUAGUAUUUCGUAAACUGUGGAACGUCAUUCGCUGAGGAAGCAAUAUGUAGUUGAUUCUAGAGAAUUGCGUAGUUUACGACCUAGAUAAUCGUACACAAAUCUAUUCCAAGUUGCAUCGACUAUUUUUUGCUUGUCUUUAUAUGCGACUGCUAUCGUGUUAAAAUCUUUCGGAUCGUCUAACGAGUAUAUUAGAUCGUAUCGUGCUAUCACAGCGAGAUAUCAAACAAUCUAGAUAAACAAAUCAGAUAAAUGUGCGCAACAAAGUUGCGUCCAUCGCUACGCUCUGUUUAAGGAUAAUCGAUGAGCAUUUCCCCGUCUCUCUUUCAUCAUAACGCGACUGUUUGAUUCGUUCAGUUGUCUGCGAGACACGAAGCACGUACAGCAGGAAAAAAGAGAUCCUACAGAAAGUUACAAGAUGCCAAUUAUCGACUUCGAUAGUCUCUAAAACGCGGAUCGAAUUGUAUAUAAGCGUAGCGUAAUACAAUUCUAAAUGUAUACAGGUCUGUAUACAAAAUGUACUGCUAAUGUCCGAGGUGCUUUGCGACUUCGAGUCCGCUUGGCGUUUAAUUACACGUUAAACUCGCAAGCCGUAUGUACGAUCGGUGCCAGCGCGUUUUGGAUACAGAUCGAAAAUGUCGCAGCUUCGACAAACAUGCUGUUUCAUAGGCAAAGCUUCGUCAAGUAUAAAUAGGUAAGAUAGUUCAUCCGCCAAUCCAACAAGAUAUUUUUCAAUAUUUUUCGCUGCAUCACGAUAGGGACGUCUCGUAUCUAUGAUUAAGUACCUUUACGACAACUCGCAUGUGAGUCAUGCGACUCACAAAUAUACAAAUUAUCGUAAGCAAGUCUGGACAGUUCAAUGACACUCGAUCAUGAUAAUAGAUCGAAUGCGCGUACUUGAAUUCAGGUAUACUCGAGACAAAUGAGAAUUAAAUACUAGCUCCAUCAUUUUUAUUGCCACGUAUUGUGAUAUAGCUCUUAGCUAGAUUUUAAACGUUCAGUUGGAUUGUCCAAUCAUUGAACGGAGACAUUAGUGCAAAGGGCGCGUAUGCAAUAUAUUUAUAAAAAGAGUAAUAUAUAUAUAAAAAUCAUAAGUUAUAUAUGUACACGCAUAAACAGAUCCUAUUUAUUUUCUGCGUGAUUUUCUGUAAUUGACGUUAAUUGACACUCUUCGUACAGGCAUGUGUCGGACAUUUAUAUCUAUACAUAUAUAAAAAUGGCAGCAAUUAUAUUUUUUAACAGGAAAAUUCUUUUAUAAUUGUAUCGUGACACGCCAACAAGUCCCUCCGUCUAUAUCGCGUGCAUACGAUAUUUAAUAAUUUAUUACGAUUAUCAUUAAAAAAAUAGUAGGAUCAGACCGAAACGUGACAUUAACAAUCGGUCUGAUAAAUUAUUUUCAGAAAAGAAAUUUGAAGGGGAAAAAAUUUUGGUAUUACUGCAUAUUCUUACAUUGUCGCUCCCUAUGAAUCGUAACGAUGUGUGAAUAGGACUUCUUGGCGGUGCGAUUCUUCCAUUCGCGAUUACCGUGCGAUCUUUUAAAGUGUGAAAAUUGUUCAUCGGAAAUUUCACAUAAUCACGUUAUCGCGACUCGCAUGCAUGCAAGGAAUAUUUUUUCGUCUUAUGUGUCGAGCAGUAAUGAUGCAACGUGCGAGGACAAUUACAGUAAUACAGCGAUAACGAAUUAUAUUGUACAUACUUAUGUUGUAUAUGUGAAUGUAACUAUGUAUAUACCAUUGUAUGCUCAUUAAAAUCUCAUUACGAGAGUGUACGCAGAA